GGAGGAGGAGGCGGUCCCGCCGCUUGUUGGCUUUGUCACAUCGCGGCUGCCCGCGGGAGCUUUCGGCAUGCAUCCCUCGCCCUGCGCCGAGGAGGCGGGAGAUGCCCCCGCGGUUGACAUUGUGGACAUCUAUGAAUCCAUACGUGAGCGGCAGCGUCAUGAUAGUGAAAGGUCUACCUGUAGCGCUUUGGAACAGAAUGACAUAGAAGCUGUUGAGGCACUUGUCUGUAUGAGUUCCUGGGGUCAAAGAUCACAGAAAGGUGACCUAUUAAAAAUAAGACCUCUUACACCUGUAUCAGAUUCAGGUGACUUUGCAAUGCACACUGAGCCUACGUCUGAGCUGCCCAAGGACUAUAACUUUUUAUCUACGCUGUGUAUGACUCCACCAUACAGUCCAGAUUUUGCUGAGCCAUCCACAUCAGUGCUGCCCUCCUCCCAAGUCACAUAUUCAAAACCGAGGACUAUAAUGGCUAAUGCACCUGCCGGCCUUGUCACUCCUCCUGGCUGUGCUCCUGCUGCAGCCCAGCCACCUGCCCUGAACGCGGAGAGGCAGUCUAGCCAGAAGCCAAGGGCUGACCAACCCGUUCCUCCGCUCUGCAGGGCCAUGGCAACCAGCGUGAUCCGUCACACGGGGGACAGUUUUGCUUACUCUCGCAUUUCUGCCAGGCAAGAGAAAGCAGGAAUGGUAUCAGGCAACAGCAGUUCCAUAGAUCAGCAUGAGGCCCGGGACCAGAGACGCUUGCGAGUCUUACAGGAUUCCAGUGUUGCUGACGCCUUAAUUUAUGACCCUUCACCAGUCAACGAAUCUUGUUUGCACAGGUCAAGCUGUAACACCACAGGGAAAGGGCAGGAAAUGCCACAGACUUCUAUCCCAAAGAACUGUGAAAAGGAUAUACAGCAAAAGAGCCCCCCGCUUCUACCCACCCCACUGUCAAAUCCCCAGGUGAUCUGCCAAAUGAUCCCUUUGGACAGACACAGAGGUAUGGUUCCUGCCUUUCUAAAGCCCUCUACUCAGAUGGCAUCCGCAGUCAAACCCAUCUUGCCCCACACAGCCCCAGUUUCCCAGCCUCUUCUAAUGGGACCUUCCAUGCCUCAGGGGACUGUUAUGUUGGUUCUUCCACAGGCGGCUGUCGCUCAGGCACCACCGUGCCCACAAACGGUGUUGUCUGUUGGGAACACCAAACUCUUGCCCUUGGCUCCUGCUCCAGUUUUCAUUGCCUCUGGUCAAAGCAGUGCACCUUUAAUAGACUUCUCCCGGAGAAGAAAUUACGUUUGCAACUUUCCAGGCUGCAGGAAAACCUACUUCAAAAGCUCUCAUCUCAAAGCCCACCUCCGUACGCACACUGGAGAAAAACCUUUCACUUGCAGCUGGGAAGGCUGUGAUAAAAAAUUUGCGCGAUCCGAUGAACUUUCUCGACACCGCAGAACACACACGGGGGAGAAGAAAUUUGCCUGUCCGGUCUGUGACCGCCGCUUCAUGCGCAGUGAUCAUUUGACAAAACACGCCCGCCGCCACAUGACCACAAAGAAGGUGCCCAACUGGCAGACGGAAGUUGGCAAACUGAACAGAAUUGCGACAGUGGAGAAACCUAGAGGCGAGGGUGCUUUGAGCAUGCUUCUGCCUAUGCUGUCUUCAGGUUAAUAGGUCUGUUUGU